UGGGCUUGGUAAAAGCUUGCCCUUUUCUACCUGUUGGUGAGUCAUCAUGUGAAGUAGCCUCUGCUGGGCCGGGGAGCUGCCCACCUUCCUUGGCCUGGAGAAGAGGCAGGUGGAACUUCCGGGUUUCCUACAGGGUGGGCGGAAAUGUUGUGUGCCGGCACCAAGGACCCUUUUGCCAUUGUCCCCUUCUCUUUCCUGCCCAGGGUCCCCAUGGCGCUCCCUGAGACUGGCCUGGCUGUCUUCUUCCUCCUGCGGAUGGCCUUUACCCUGAACCCUGAGGACCCCAACGUGUGCAGCCACUGGGAGAGCUACGCCGUGACCGUCCAGGAGUCCUACGCUCACCCCUUUGAUCAGAUCUACUACACACGCUGUACCGACAUCCUGAACUGGUUCAAGUGCACCCGGCACCGGAUCAGUUAUAAGACGGCAUAUCGGCGCGGCCUCAGGACCAUGUACCGGCGCCGGUCCCAGUGCUGCCCUGGCUACUACGAGAACGGCGACUUCUGCAUACCCCUUUGUACGGAGGAGUGUGUGCACGGCCGCUGCGUGUCCCCCGACACCUGCCACUGCGAGCCCGGCUGGGGAGGCCCUGACUGCUCCAGCGGGGACCCAGGGGACCCUGCUGUCCAAGCUGUCUCCAGCCCUUCCGGUCUGGCCAGGGACCCAGCAGGAGUUAAAGGCUGCGACAGCGACCACUGGGGCCCCCACUGCAGCAACCGGUGCCAGUGCCAGAACGGCGCGCUGUGCAACCCCAUCACUGGCGCCUGUGUGUGCGCCGCCGGCUUCCGUGGGUGGCGCUGCGAGGAGCUCUGCGCGCCUGGCACCCACGGCAAGGGCUGCCAGCUGCCUUGCCAGUGUCACCAUGGCGCCAGCUGCGACCCCCGCACGGGCGAAUGCCUCUGUGCGCCGGGCUACACGGGCGUCUACUGUGAGGAGCUGUGUCCCCCCGGGAGCCAUGGUGCUCACUGUGAGCUGCGCUGCCCCUGCCAGAAUGGGGGUACCUGCCAUCACAUCACUGGCGAGUGUGCCUGCCCUCCAGGAUGGACGGGAGCAGUGUGUGCCCAGCCCUGCCCACCGGGGACAUUUGGCCAGAACUGCAGCCACGACUGUCCCUGCCACCAUGGAGGACAGUGUGACCAUGUGACUGGACAGUGCCACUGCACAGCUGGAUACAUGGGGGACAGGUGCCAAGAGGAGUGCCCCCUGGGGACCUUCGGCUUCCAGUGCUCACAGCUCUGUGACUGCCACAACGGAGGCCAGUGUUCGCCCACCACGGGUGCCUGCGAGUGCAGCCCUGGCUACAAGGGCCCUCGCUGCCAGGAGCGGCUAUGCCCCGAGGGCCUGCACGGCCCAUUAUGCUCCCUGCCCUGCCCCUGUGACCCUGACAACACUGUGAGCUGCCACCCAGUAACUGGAGCUUGUACCUGCCAGCCGGGCUGGUCUGGCCACCACUGCAAUGAGUCCUGCCCUGCUGGCUACUAUGGCGAUGGCUGCCAGCUGCCUUGCUCGUGCCAGAACGGUGCUGACUGUCACAGCGUUACAGGGGGCUGCACCUGUGCCCCCGGUUUCAUGGGAGAGGUUUGUGCCGUCCCCUGUGCCGCGGGCACCUACGGCCCCAACUGCUCAUCCGUCUGCAGCUGUCACAACGGCGGCACCUGCUCCCCGGUAGACGGCUCCUGCGCCUGCAAGGAAGGAUGGCAGGGUCCGGACUGCGCCCUGCCGUGCCCCAGCGGGACGUGGGGCCUGAACUGCAAUGAGACCUGCGCCUGCGCCAACGGGGCGGCCUGCAGCCCUGCGGAUGGCGCCUGCACCUGUGCCCCGGGCUGGCUAGGGGACACCUGUGAGCUGCCCUGCCCGGAUGGCACAUUCGGGCUGAACUGCAGCGAGCGCUGUGACUGCAGCCAUGCUGACGGCUGUGAUCCCAUCUCAGGCCACUGUUGCUGCCUGGCUGGAUGGACAGGCGUCCGCUGUGACAGCACAUGCCCAGCCGGCCGCUGGGGCCCCAACUGCUCUGUGUCCUGCAGCUGUGAGAAUGGUGGCUCCUGCUCUCCGGAGGACGGAAGCUGUGAAUGUGCCCCCGGCUUCCGAGGACCCCUGUGCCAGAGAAUCUGUCCCCCUGGCUUCUAUGGACUCAGCUGUGCCCAGCCGUGUCCCCUCUGUGUGCACAGCAGUGGGCCCUGCCACCACGUCAGCGGCCUCUGCGAGUGCCUCCCGGGGUUCUCUGGAGCCCUCUGCAACCAAGUGUGUGCCGGAGGGCACUUCGGGCAGGACUGUGCCCAGCUGUGUUCCUGUGCCAACAACGGGUCCUGCAGCCCCAUUGACGGCUCCUGCCAGUGCUUCCCUGGAUGGAUUGGCAAGGACUGCUCCCAGGCAUGCCCACCCGGCUUCUGGGGCUCCGCCUGCUUCCACACCUGCAGCUGCCACAACGGAGCGAGCUGUAACGCGGAGGAUGGGGCCUGCCAUUGCGCCCCAGGCUGGACCGGACUCUUCUGCACGCAGCGUUGCCCAGCAGCGUUUUUUGGCAAGGACUGUGGGCGCGUGUGCCAGUGUCAGAAUGGUGCCAGCUGUGACCACAUCAGUGGCAAAUGCACCUGCCGUACGGGCUUCACUGGACGCUACUGUGAACAGAGAUGUGCCCCGGGAACCUUCGGCUAUGGGUGUCAGCAGCUGUGCGAGUGCAUGAACAAUGCCACCUGCGACCACGUCACCGGCACUUGCUACUGCAGCUCUGGAUUCAAAGGCAUCCGCUGUGACCAAGCCGCUCUCAUGAUGGAGGAGCUGAACCCUUAUACCAAAAUCAGCCCUGCCCUGGGUGCGGAGCGGCAGUCGGUGGGCGCAGUCACAGGCAUCAUCCUCCUGCUGUUCCUCCUGGUGGUGCUGCUUGGCCUGUUUGCCUGGCGCCGGCGGCGACACAAAGAGAAAGGCCGGGAGCUGGCCCCUCGGGUGUCCUACACCCCUGCCAUGAGGAUGACCAGCACCGACUACUCCCUCUCAGAUUUGUCUCAAAGUAGCAGCCACACCCAGUGCUUUUCCAAUUCCAGCUACCACACACUGGCGUGCGGGGGGCCUGCUACCAGCCAGGCCAGCACUCUGGACAGGAACAGCCCCACCAAGCUCAGUACCAAGUCCCUUGACACAGACACAACAGGCUGGACCCCCUACAGCUAUGUGAACGUGUUAGACUCCCAUUUCCAGAUCAGUGCUCUGGAAGCCAGGUACCCGCCUGAGGACUUCUACAUUGAAUUUAGACACCUCAGCCGUCCCGCUGAGCCACACUCACCAGGUGCUUGUGGGAUGGACAGACGUCAGAACACAUACAUUAUGGACAAAGACUUCAAAGAUUACAUGAAAGAAUCCGUGUGCAGCUCUAGUACUUGUUCCUUGAAUAGCAGUGAAAACCCUUAUGCCACAAUUAAGGACCCGCCCAUUCUCCCCUGCAAGCUUCCAGAAAACAGCUACGUAGAAAUGAAGUCACCUGUGCACAGGGGGUCUCCGUACACAGAUGUGCCAUCCUUGUCGACAUCUAAUAAAAAUAUAUAUGAAGUUGAGCCCACAGUCAGUGUGGUCCAAGAAGGCCGCGGUCAUAACUCCAGCUAUAUCCAGAAUCCAUACGACAUUCCUAGGAACAGCCAUAUUCCUGGUCACUAUGACCUCCUCCCAGUAAGACAAAGCCCUGCCAGGGGGCCCUCCCAGGACAAGCAAGAGGGCUAAGCUUCUCUCUUGCAGCACGCUGAAUAUUCUCUGACUCUCGGAAAGAAGACAACCCCUUGACUUGAAUACUGAUACAGAUUGGCUCCAGCUGCAUAUUACAUUCACCUGGAACUAAAGAAGAGCUUCCAAAUGGGACUUGGAUAAUUGUUCAAAGUCUGUAAACAAAGGCAAAUCCUAUCACCCACCCAUCCCCCAGCCCUUAAUGCCCUGGAUUCUACAAUUUCUAAAGCAUUUAAGAUACCACUACUCAUCAACAUCAGCUAAAAUACAUAUAUUUAACAUUCUGAAAUACGAUGCUUAAAAAGCAUGUAGCAUAGCAAACCUUCCAUGGAGGAAAAGGGGCCUGGGGAGACAAGUGGGUUAAAGCACCUGAAAUGUAUAGAUACUUUUGGUUACUGUUACCAUUGACAUCUGUUUUAUUGCUAAGAUAAUUAGUACACACACCACAAACUAUUCUGUAUUGGUCCUAAAAUACCUGUACCUGUAGGUCUGUCCACUGAAUUACAAGGGCCAAGAUUACAGAAUUCAAUCUGAUGCUGAUGACCUCCAUUUUUUUUUUUUUAAACAAGACUUUGAAGAAAGAAAAAAAAAAAAUAGUUUCCAAAUUGCAGUAGUUUCAGUCUACUGAUUUCUAGGCCAGCUUUACCAAAUUCUGCCAAUUCUAAUUGCCAGAACAGUGCAAGCCAGUCCCAAUCAUAUUAUCACCUUAAAUCUGACACUUGAUUCUGUCCACAUGAAACAGGAAAUAGGGCAUAGAGAUGCUGCUUUAUCAAGUGAUUAGUCGUAAACUAGUAAAAAUUAAGUACCUUUAAAAUUGGCCUAAUUUAUUUAGUUGGGAUUCCUUGACUGUUUGCUUUCAAGCAGUUCUUUGUACAUUUUGAGCUUGAUGUAUUAUGGAACCAAAAAGUGUAGAGGAAAUAAGACAAAUGUGGGUACAUCAAGUUUAUGUUGCUUUUGCUUUAUGCUUUUUGAUGGCUAAAUGACACUAAUGUUCAAAGAAAGAAUGGACUAUAUAACUAAUUGCUGUAAAUUGGUGUAAAAUGUCACAGUAAACAACACAAGAGGAUAUAAAAUGCUUAAAACCACCACAUUCCAAGACGGCCAAAUACAUAUUCCAACAAGCUAAUGCUCCAGAUCCCAGUGUCCGGAUGGCCUGGACCUUCCACUACUAAUGAACCAGGUCAUUGAGGCAUGGACGAUGCCGAAUGGAGCCAACCCCCAACCCUCCAGAGGACCUCUUCACAACAAUGAAACGGGCAGACAAUGGACGCUAAUGACCACACUGAUGCCACUGCAUUCUGGUAAUAGUCCAGCUAGUCAAAAACAUAUCUAUAAAAGGUAUAGAGAAGAAGUAAAUGGCUGCAAGCUUGGAACAUUGUUACCGGAAGUGCACCAGCUCUGAAACCCUUGGUGGAAACUGGAAGUCAGCCAUGGUAUUACUUUGGGCAACAGCAAAAGCAAGAACACUAAUGAGGAAGCCCCCCCCCCCCAUUUUACUCAAGGCAUAGGCAAAGUUUAGUUAGAGGAAAAUAUACAAUACUACAUGAAUGCUGCAUGUGUGCAUGGGCACGAGCAACUAGCAACAGUAAACUGACUUUCAAAAAAGCCUUAUUAAGAUAUAAAUACUAGAAAAUUGCUUUGUAGGCCCAAAUGCAUAUUUGUCAUACAUACAUAGAAAGAACUAGAGAUAAGAGACUUACCUCAGUAUUUCAGGGCUGCAAAUGCUCAAUUAUCUUUGUGAAGCAAGGAGGAAGAAUCAUGGCGAGGUUGGAUCAGCAAAGAGAAACUGCAUCUCAGACCCAGGUUUCAUCUUCUCCCCUUAUCUUGCAUGCACAGUAACCGCUCCCUGGCGUACUGCAAACAAGCAGCAUCGCUCGAGUUUCAACUUUUACCCAUCUUUUGCCAACUACCCUCUGGGCAAGUGUCCAGCAAGAAGUGGAAUGGCUAGAGCACUGGAUCAGACAGAUUUCUGGCAAGUACUGGCCCUCUUUGAGCUCCUUUAUUGCCCUUGCCCCAAAAUAACAGCAGAAGCAGAAAAUAUAAAAGGGAGCCCCAACAAACACUCAGCUCUAGCAUUCUGACUUUUUAAAGCACUGUAGUACAACUCAGCUCAGACAACACAGAGAAGGGCAAGGCAAAGGAUGUGAAUAAUGCAGGGUGACAACAGCUGCCUUCACACAUCUAAGAGUUACUGAUGAAAGACAUUUCAACCUUACAGACCAACUGUGAGAAAUUGUUCUCUAGCACUGUCACAAACAGGUUCAUGGUCAGCCUACACAGGUGCACUGUGCAUUUUACUGGUGACGUGGAAUAAUCUGUUUGCUAUUUUUCAGAAACUACAUUUUCAAUCAAAUUGAUAGGCAUACAAUUCAGAUGAAGAAAGCAACUGUAUAAUGGCAUAAGAGACUAUAAAAUGGCAAUACUUUUUUUAAACCACAGAUUUGUAAUAUAUUUGUUCACUGUGCAGAGGGAUUGUACCUUGUACAAAAUAAAAUGAAUUUCUCAAACUAA